CCUAAUGGAUCGAUUCUGGCUUCCUUCCUUCCGACUGACGUUUGUUUCAUUCCAUCUCGUGAUUCCUUCCUUCCUUGCCUGCUGCUAAAUUGGAAUCUUUUCAGGUAAAGUCUCUCAUUCUCUCUCUCUCUCUGAAAUGGGGAGAAAGCUGAAGGUAGUGUUUGUGUGUGUGUUGGUGGUGUACACCUGUUGUUGUUGUUGUGUUGAAUGCCACGGAGGAGGAGGAGGAGGAGGAGAAAGCCUCCUCCACGGCCCCGCAAGGAGGGUUAUGGUGAGCAUCUUGCUGGGAAGCAUAAGCGGUUGUGGGUGUGCUCUUCUGUGUGCUUGUCUGCUCAGCUUCAUCUUUCGAUACAUGAGGAGGGCUCCUAUUCUCAAGGGCCCUGUCGUCUUUUCACCACAAAUCUCCCCCAAAUCUCUGCAAGCCGCUCUGCUGCAAAACGAGCUUAGUACUAGUAGUAGUAAUGACGACGGCAAGACGGUCCUCGACAACGGUUUCACAGUUGCAGUGAAGAAGCUUCAGGCCUCUCAGAACAACAGGAGACGGGUACAGAGGGAGCUUCAGAUUCUGGCCGCCCUCAGGCAUAGGCAUUUGCUCAGCCUAAUGGCUUAUUAUUAUUAUUAUGCUGUUGGUGACAACAGGUGUUUCUACUACUUGGUUUAUGAAUACGUUCCCACGGGCAGCCUGGAAGAUGCCAUCAGGAGGAGGAGGCAGCAGAUGGGCUGGGAUGCAAGGCUUCGGAUUGCCGUUGGGAUUAUCAAAGCCCUUCACCAUCUCCACUUCAACUCUACCCCUCCACUAUUGCACUACGACUUGAAGCCUUCCAAUGUGUUGUUGGAUGCAGACUUUGAACCCCGCCUCGCCCUUUCUGCCUUGGCCAACACUUUUCAUGGACUUAGGUCACCACAACCCCCUGCCCCCUAUUACGCCCCUGAAUGCUUCCCUAAUUUCAGCAUAUACACGGAGAAGAGUGACAUAUUCAGCUUUGGGGUGAUACUGGGGAUGCUGCUAACUGGCAGAGAUCCAACUGACCCGUUGUUUGGGGAAGUGACUUCAAGUGGGAGGGGUGGCAUGGGAGUGUGGUUCAGACAGGUUUUGGAAGCGGGGGAUGGUCGAGAAGCACUUGAUAAGAGUCUGCUGGGAGAAGAAAUGGAGGAAGACGAGAUGCUCAUGGCUGUAAGAAUAGCUGCUGUUUGCCUCUCUGAUAUGCCUCUCGAUCGUCCUUCAAGCGAUGAGCUUGUUCCCAUGCUCACCCAGCUCCACAGUUUUUGAUCAUUUCCUCUCUCUCUCUCUCUCUCUCUUAUCCUAUUAUUAUUAUUGUCAUUUCACACCUUUUUCCCAACAUCAAAUUUAGUGGUUUCUCCCUCCAUUUAUUGUGAUGAAUGAAUCGUAAGUCUUAAUUAUAUUUUAGUCUUGUGAUUUGAGUUUUA